AUGCCCGAAGAGCAAAACCCCCCCCUCGAGCUCCGCGGCGGCAGAAGCAGAAGCAACUCAACCCCCGCCGGCUUUUUAUCUCGCUUCUUCCGCCCCCAUCAACAACAACAACAACAACAACAACAACCUUCCUCCUCCUCACACCACCAUCACCGAUCUCGCCGCUCCCACCAUCAAGACCCCUCCCCCCCACCAUCAUCAUCCUCCCACAACCACCACCCAUCUUCCAAACCAAAACAUAAAUACCCCCCCAACCCCAACCCCUCCACAGACCACGUCUACGACAUCCCCCUCAACAAAAAGCCCUCUCCUCGCCACCGCAACCCCUUCUUCCGCCCCCGCCCCCCCAAACCCAAGCACAAAAAAUCCCCCUCCAGCAACAUCGGCACCCCCCCAGGAAAGAAACGCUCCCUCUCCAAAGCCGGCUCAAGAAUCUCCACCUCCACCAAACCAGCCAAAACCCGUCUAACCCUAGACCUCAAACCCCUCCUCGACUCCAACCCCUCCUUCCUCAAGCUCUCCUUCCAGUUCCGGUCUUCUUCCGGUGGGUUGGCAGUCGACCGAGUAGAGCGGUUCAUCCGAGACGAACUCAAGUCUGAGAAACAAGCCGUGGUCAAAUUAUUCACCUCCUCGGGAAAACAACUAGAAACCGGCGCCCAAAUCCCGUCUUCACGUGGCAGGUCGUCACGGGUGACGGUUUGGUACCGACUCGUGGAUGACAACAACAACAACAACAACAACAACACCCCCCCAACAACAAAAUGGGAGUUUUCCAUUUGCAUCAACAACACCCAAAAGAUGGAACUCAACAAACUCAUUGAAGAGGACGGCGCAACAGUGGGGGAGGUGAGGAGACAAAUAGCGGGUUACCUUGGGAUUAAAGAGCCAAGAAGGAUAAGGCUGUACGCCGACGAUGGGAUGUUUCACGGGUUCCUCCAGGGGGAGGGGUGGGUGUUGCGGGAGUUGGGGAAGAGGUGGCUGACGAGGUAUCUGGCGGUUCAUGUCCGGCACAGGGAGGGUUGGGUGGAGGUGAGGCUGAAGGGGUGGGGGAAUGAGAGGGCGGGAAGGAGGUAUGUUGUUCAUCCGGGGAGUGGGGAGGGGAAGUGGACUGUGAGGGAUUUGAAAGCAAAUUUUGUGACGGGGGGGUUGGUUAACGUCACUGAGGGGAGGGGGAGGAGUCGGUUGUCGAGGAAGGGGUUGUUGGGAUCGGGGGGGUUGAGGGUGAGGUUUGAUGGGAGGAGGGUGGGGGAGACCGAAGGGGUGGUUUGGGGUGGGGUUUACGAGGUUGAGUUUGGGGGGGUGGAAGAAGCAGAAGUUUUUGCUGGGGAGGAGGGGUGGUUGUUGAGGGAGACGGAGAGCUGCGAUGUUUGUGUUGAGGGGAGGAGGGUGACGGAUUUCCCGGUUAGGGUUGUUGCUGGGGGGUGUAAAGGGCAUAAGCCGCCGCUUUGCGAGGAGUGUUUGGGCCGGUGGUUGGUGGAGAGUAUGGAGGCGGGGAGGUGGAAGAGGCUGAAGUGUCCAGACACGGACUGCUCAGCUGUCCUGGGACAUCACGAUGUCAAGCGGUACGCGACAAGAGAGGUUUUUGAGCGGUAUGACCGGUGGUUGCUGAGGGAUGCACUGGAGCAGACGAAGGGGUAUGUCCAGUGCGUCACUGUGGGCUGUGAGUAUGGUUGUGUGGUUGGGGAUCAGGAGGCGUGUCCUACCUUUAACUGCAGGAAGUGCAAGGGCAGCCACUGUAUCAAGCACAACGUCUCCCAUCCCGAGGAAACAUGCAAGCAAUACCGAAGGAGACAAAAAGAUAAAAAAGAACAGGAGGAAGCCUCGGAAAGGGAAGUGGCCGGGAUGACCAAGGAUUGCCCCAAAUGCGGGAGGAGAGGCACCGGUCUUCUCCUCUGCCGUCACAACGAAGGCUGCACCGAAGGCCCUCUCCCCGGCGCCGAGCUCUUCAAUGAUGAUGGCACCCUUCGAGAUCCAACCGGGCAGCGACUUCCACAUCGUCCGUUCUUUCACCGGCCGGUCAUUCCUGCCGAUAUCCCAGGUGUUGCUCCACAGGGUGUGCCUGGCAUGCCUGGAGCAGCGUGGCUCUUUCCUCAUCUUCAGAGACGUAACAGGCAGCCUGAAGCACCAGUUGCUCCCGCACCCGCUGCCCCGGAGGAGCCACCCGCGCCUGCACCGGAACCCGGAGACAGAGACCCGCCCAUGAUGACGGGGGCAAAUCCGGGGUUGGUGAGGGGAACUCCUCCUCCGUGGGCGCCGGGGAUGGCCGGAGCGAGGCCGAGGAUGAGAGGUACUGGAGCGGAGGCGGCGAGACGAGCAAGGGGGUUGGGCUUUCAUGUUUAG